GUGAAGCGACCACGACUCGAUAGCAGCUCCGAAGCGAGCGAAGGACUGCUAGCGCAUAGCCAAAGUUUGGACGGGCUGCACGCAUCGUUGCAGUCGGGUAGUCCCUCGAGUCAGCCCGACCAUACAGGGGGCAGCAGCAGUCAUAGUUCACCUCGUAACCACGGCGACACGACGACAGUACAACUUUGCAACUUGACCGCCAAUGGCACUGAUAGUAGUCUGGCUUCUAUGGCCUGCACAUCUAGUGACGCAGCGUACAGCACGACAGACUCGUGGGUGAUGAGCCACUGUCCGACAACCAGCACGAGCGCCCACCAAUCACAUUCACACA